UCUUCCGGCUGCUUCCACACGCUAGCUGUCUGGAAGCCAUUGAUAUUAAGAGAAGUGCUCCAUCACUGCUGCCUCGGUCUGUUCGGGCUUUAUUAGUUGUAGUUUGUCAGUUGAAUAGAAAAAUGGCUCUGCUAACGCCGUUAUUCGCUUUCCUCUACCACCUGCCGCAGGUGUACAAAUGGCUGCUGAAGCCUUACUACAUAGCCUCUCUCUUCAUGUCUGUAGCCUUCCUAGCUGUCCGCAAGACGCCAGGCAUCUGCGACCAUUUGAGCACACAGCGAGAGGACGGCAACUCCUGCGACUUCGACUGGAGGGAGGUGGAGAUCCUCAUGUUCCUCAGUGCCAUCGUUAUGAUGAAGAACAGACGAGCAAUAACGGUGGAGCAGCAUGUGGGCAACAUCAUCCUGUUCAGCAAAGUGGCCAAUGUGAUCCUGUUCUUCAGACUGGACAUCAGGAUGGGACUGCUCUACCUGACACUCUGCAUAGUGUUCCUGAUGACCUGUAAGCCUCCUCUUUACAUGGGACCAGAGUACAUCAAGUACUUCAGCGACAAAACCAUCGAUGAUGAGCUGGACAGAGACAGUCGUGUCACAUGGAUUGUUGAAUUUUUUGCCAACUGGUCUCCAGAGUGCCAGUCCUUCGCUUCUGUCUAUGCUGAUCUCUCUCUCAAGUAUAACUGUGCUGGGCUCAAGUUUGGUAAAGUGGACAUUGGACGUUAUGGAGAGGUUUCCAAAAAGUACAAGGUGUCGACCUCACCACUGUCCAAACAGCUCCCCUCCUUGGUAUUGUUUCAGGGAGGGAUGGAGGUAAUGCGGCGCCCCCAGGUGGACAAGAAGGGUAGAGCUGUAUCCUGGAGCUUCACUGAGGAGAACAUCAUCCGAGAGUUCAACCUGAAUGAACUCUACCAGAAAUCCAAGAAGCUCAACAAGACCAAAGGAGAAAAGGUUAGCCAGUCCCAGUUCCCAGCAGUUCCUGAGGAAGAUGAGUCCGAGCAGCCAGGAGCCCAUGAAGAGGAGCUGCAGUCCGAGUCCAAGAAAGACAAAUAACAACCUUUGGUUCAAUCAGCUCUCACUUCUGAAUGGAACUCCUCUUCUUCUUCCCUCUCCUCUUCAAAAUGUUAACUUUGUUCGCAGGGCUGAUGUCUCUGUGGGUCAUCAAGAGAAGGUUUCCCACAGUCCUCCUGCCUCUUUAACCCCAGUUAAAGGAAAUAAUUCAAGAUGUGCGUUUCCCCCUCUGUAAUAGAGAACAAGUGGACACUUCAGCAGAGGAGCAAACUGGGAAACAGCUAAAACCAGUCCAGUAUACCAGUGUAAGGCCUGACAUUUCUAAUGGUUAAAGCUGUGAAGUGACUGCUGACUUCUUAUUAAUUAACAGUGAGGAAGCAGUGAAUGUGAUGCUACUUUAAUGUUUUAGAUUUUUUCAUGCAACUAAUUUAAUUAGGUUAGGGUAGAAUUUUUCAAAACCUUCUACAAAUAAGUGUAUAUUCCUGUCAAUUAAGUUGUAACUCAGUGGUACACAUGUUUUUACAUAGAAUUGAUGAAACAGUUAAUUCAGGUUCCUGCUGGUUUUGGUUUGAAAUGAGAUCCAGUUUAGGAGCGCUUGUAUAACAUGAAGACAUCUGCCUGAGACGGGUGGUGUUAAACAGCAUCUCUAUUUCUCUCUAUGGACUCGAAAGUGAACAAAGCAGGCUCGGCUCAGCAUCAUUCCAUCACUUGUUGCAAUGUGUGUCUCAUUUUCUUCAGCUCUUCAUUUCUUUGGGCUGCACUUAAUAAGCUGUUAGAAUGUUAGAGAUUUUUUUUUGAAGAGCAGCUUUCCACUUUCUCAACCUCCAGUUGUUUUUGUUCACUAAAGCGCAAUUUAGUGAAAUUAGUCAUUUAUAGUUACUAGUUCCAUCUCUCAGUAAGUCAUUGAACUACUCUACCAAUUAUUCCAUAUCUUAAAGUAAUUUGUUACCAAGUAACUUUUACAUUACUUUGAAGUAUCUGCUUUAUCCCCUUAUUAAUGCACAUUACUGUAUUAUUUGUUGCUGUGGCAGUAUGGGUCAAGUGAUAAAUAAUAAUCAAUCAAUCAAUAUAACUAAUGGAAACUAGAACAGACAAAAGAAGAUGAACACACACACACACACACACACACACACACACACACACACACACAAAAACACAUCUACUCCUCCGUCUUUCUUUCAUUGACAUCAUACAUUCCCUAACCCUAUGUUACAUUUAGUAUGUGUGCAGCUAUUGGAUGGAUUCACAGCACUCCUGAUGAGUCUGUUGUUUAAAGUGUUCAAUAUUUUUGGUUUGUGACCAAAUACCUGCAGACGGCUGGAAUAUGUGUUUACUGAAGAUUUGCUGUUAUUAGCAUGCUAAUACUAUUGAUGUGCCAAUGAAGCCUCAUGAAGCAUUUUCUUUAUUUUCUGAGCCCACUAGAUGGAGCUAGAUUGGUUCAUUGAAAAAGUCUCCAGCAAUGGUAAUCAAGUGUGUUUUCAGCCCUUUGUUGAACAGAGAGCUCCAUCUAGUGGAGUCAGAAAAUACAGAAAAUGCUUCAUGAGGCUUCAUUGGCACAUCACUAGCUAAUAUACUAAACCAUGAUGGGGAACAUAGUCAACAUCCACACUGGGUCCUGAGGAUUGCGAAACCGGCUCACCUGAAUACACUCUAUACGCUAUAUUGUCCUCGGUGUUCCAUGAGAUAUGAGCAUUUCAGGACUGACUGCAUUCCACUUUCCAGCUGCAGUCCCACGUCUGACCGACAUGAUGUGAUGCACAGAGAUAGCAGCUGCUCUUUUGUAGUCCGUUUAACAGUUAAGUGGGGUCAACUUGACACGCAUCUUUGUUAUUAGUUAAGGCUAAUUCAGUGUUACAUUCUUAUGUGACCCGCAGCCUUCUACUCAGAUUCUGAUGUCCAAAUGAUGUCAGACACUCAUCAUGCACAAUGAUUGGCUGAAUACUGGACCAAGGGUGAAGAGAGCUUCUGACUAGUGAUGUGCCAAUGAAGCCUCAUGAAGCAUUUUCUGUAUUUUCUGACUCCACUAGAUGGAGCUCUCUGUUCAACAAAGGGCUGAAAACACACUUGAUUACCAUUGCUAGAGCCUUUUUCAAUGAACCAAGGGCGCCAUCUAGUGGGCUCAGAAAAUAAAGAAAAUGCUUCAUGAGGCCUCAUUUGCACAUCAAUAAUUCUGACCCAUUGUAUUUUAAAAUCAUUUUCUGCUUCCCUCUUGCUAACAUUCCUAUUUUUUUUGUAGUAGUAGUAGUACACUGGUACACACACACACUCUCUCUAUUUAAAUUAGCAUUUUGAAGAGACUGAGUUUAUUCCUUAAUCAUUAUUUUAUUACUAAAAUGGUUGUUUUGUGUUUUACUUGUGAAAUUAAUUUGAUAUUUUGUCAUGUUGCAUUUUAUUUGAGCUGCAUUAAGGCUUGUAUGUAUAUUUGUGCCUGCAAAUGAAUGAAGAAGUCUGGCCUGUUUUGUUAUUCAUGCAAUAAAACAAUGUGCACAUGAA